UAUAAAAACAACGGAGUGGGCGUUGUAGUACUCCAUGUACCUUAAUUGUGAACAAAACUUCAACAUGGUGCAAGUACCCAAAACUGGAACGAGAGAGAAUCUUAUUCUUAAGGCAGGCCAUCCUCCAGCAGUGAAGGCUGGGGGUAUGCGCGUUGCCAAGAAGAAUGCAGAUGAUGGUGGCCUGCCAGAGAAGGAGACCAAGAGGCCUGAGAAACCCAGGUCUACGACCACCAGCUCCAGAAUGCAACAAGUCAGUGUUCUGCUGGCUGGAACACUGGACAAGCUGGGUCAUGACUUUCCAGAGACCCCAGUGAGUGUGCGGCACAGCAAGGUCCGACCAGCCAUGGAGAAACCUCAUGUGCCACGGACCUUCUUCAUCCAACAGCCUCGCAAAUGCUGAACGCUCCCCUCAACCACACACACAUACAGGCACUCAGCCACGCAUACCAGCGUUUGAGUCCCACAGGUCUGACUUGUGUAGUCAACUGUAAGACAAACAGGAAGUAAGGGUGUGCUUUGAAGCAUGUUGUGUGCAUUGAGGGACUGCCACAGGUUGCCAGUUAAUCUUUAACCCUUUCCAUUAAUGCGACAUCUGUUUAGGCUUUUAGAUGCAAGUUCUUCUAACCUUGCAGCUUUGGUGCAAGACUGUUUUAAUAUCGCCUAGGUAUAUUUUGUAUGCUUACUAUAAACCAAUCUUGGUUUGUGCUUUUGACAGUGUUUCAUUACAAGUUCGAGUUAUGUUGAAACUGUGUUUGAACUAUAAAAAAAGAAAAGGUAAAGUGAACUAGCUUGAUGACACUUAAGUCACUGUUCCUGGAAUGUCUUUUGUAGCAAGACAUGUUUGCCGUUUGUUUACAGCUUUUAUAUGUUUGCAUGGCAUUACUUUAAAGGCUUAUUUUUGUUGGUUCUCUAAAAUUUAAUAUUUUUUCACUGUCUUGCUCAAGAUCUACAACUUCAGUAAAGACUCACAUUUCUGCAAA